AUGAAGGUACAAGGUAGAGACCGUUCCUUCGUCGAAAAUGUGGCCAGCCAACUUGGAUUGGAAGGUUCAUAUGUUCCACAUACAUAUAUUGAACAGAUACAGCUAGAGAGGCUUGUGAAUGAUGUUUUGGCUUUGCCAGAUGAUUUGAAGACAAAACUGAGCUUAGAUGAUGAUACAGUUUCUAGCCCUAAAGAAGCUCUCUCAAGAGCGUCUGCUGAUAGUAGAAUGAAGUAUCUUCACGGCGGUGUGUCAAAGUCAUACACAAAUCAAAGACAUAAAGUGUUGCCUAACUUGACAAGGCUUGCUGUUAACAAUAGAAUGUUAGAUGCCAGAGCCCCUGCUUCACCAGCCACUCUUCCAAAUCAGGGUGUUAUCACUCAGCUGUCAGAUCAAAUAUCAACACUGAACGAGAGGAUGGAUGACUUCACGACCCGCAUCGAAGAGUUGAAUUCCAAGAUCCCUAACAGGAUAGCUGCUUCAGGUAGUCAACACAACUUGGCUUUACCAAUGGAAAAUGGUAAUGGUUCCCUCUUAUCACUCUCCUCAUCCGCAUCUCAGCUUGUAAGAGAGUCUCCUCUGAUGGAAGAGGUUAUACUGCUUGCUCGUGGACAACGUCAGAUAAUGCAUCAAGUGGACACGCUAAGCAAUCUUGUUCGAGAGUAUGUUGGAGAAAGGUCUCGCAUAGAGAGACUAGACAGCAACAGAACAAACAGCGCAACACAGAACCUCGAAACCUCCACUCUACCUGUUCUUCUUGCUUUGGCCAUUGGCUGUCUCGGCGUUUUUGCCUACACUCGUCUCAAGUAG